AAUAGUUGUUGGAAACCAAAAACCCAAAACCCUUGAAAUACAAUCAAUGCUACCAAAAACCCAGAAGAGAACAACAACCCAAUCCGCCAUUGAUGACAGUACCAACACCUCCAUCCAAGCUUUUCUUUCCAACUAGUCUGUUCUUCUGUCUAUUCACUUAGUUAUGAUGAUUGCACUUCGUCUUCGUUAUCCCACCAAGGUUCGGAGUCUAUUAUCACCAUUUCAGAGUUUCAAAUUGAUCCCCUUCUCUUCAUCUACGGCCUCUGCUAACCCUACCUCUUCCAACUCAACCGAAAGCUGUAUCGGACUCUACAACCACAUCCUCAAAUCUCAACGCCCUUCUUCGAUCACAUGGCGGAAGGAGUUUUCCAAUUCCGCCAGCUUUAUUGGCACUGUGACUCAACCGGUUAAGGUGUUUAGCUCUGACGAUCGAUUUUGUGCUUACACUGUUCUGAACGUCAGUAGCUCCAAUCAAUCAAAUGCUCCUCUUUGGGUAGUGUUGAACAUGAGGGAUGAGAUGGGAAAACUAUGUCUUAAUCAUUUGAAACCGAAUGAUAUCAUUUAUGUUUCUGGUCCUUUAAGGACUUACACAAAGGCUGAUCAGAGUGGCAACCUCAGUCUACGCUACAAGGUUAUAGUGAAGGAGUUGAAUUAUGUGAUGCAAAGAUGUGGUUCAGCUAGUCGAAAGAACGAAGAACAAGAAUCCGACGAAGGCCAAACAAUUCUUGAGAAGUACAAAAACCGUCUACACUUGUGGCAAGUGUUUUUCGCCAACCCAUAUGAAUGGUGGGACAAUCGAAAACACAAAAUAAGCAAUCCUUUACUCCCUGAUUUUAAGCACAAGGAUACUGGUGAAUCUCUUUGGUUAGGCCGAAAUGAUCCUCCAUGGAUUAAGAAACAGCUUGAAAAAGUUGACUCAGCUAUGGCAGAACAUGGUCCAGUUGAUAGAAUAGGACGCCGAGCUCGUGUUUCUGAGUGGGAGUAUGAUUCGUAGCCGUAAGGACGAGGUGUUGAAAAAGAAAGAGUGGUAGCAUUACAGCCCGGCCUAAGUGCAUGAAGUUUAUGUCCUUGCUUGCUCCAUUGAUGAAGGCAAACUAGCUAUCACAGUACAGUAUUUUAAACACUGUAAAUAUUUGACAGGUUUUUGUUUAUACUGUAAAUUCCUUGUAUACUUUUUCUUUUUUUCUUUCUUGUAAUUUAAGUUCUUUGUGUACUAAUUAUACUUGAGACAUGGAGAAGAGUGUAUUACUGAUAGAAACAAAUAACUAAACAUUGUUUUUUUUUUCUUGUUCAAUUACAAUAAAGUUUGAAUCAUCUCACCUUUAAAGGGAUAAUUAGAUUUUUGACAAUA